AUGGUUGGAUAUCCUAAUGUUGGUAAGAGUUCAGUUAUAAAUGCCAUUUGUAAUAAGAAACUAGUUGGAGUUGCAGCAAGACCAGGAAAAACAAAGCAUUUUUAGACAAUACCAUUAGAAAAAUAUCUCUUACUAUGUGACUGUCCAGGUUUAAUAUUCCCCAAUGCUUCAUCUUCCAGAGCUGAAAUGGUAUGCAAUGGAGUUUUGCCUAUUGACAAUAUUAAAGAUUACUUGAGCCCAAUGGAUUUACUAGCUGAAAGGAUCCCUAAAAUUGUUUUUGAAAAGCUUUAUGGAAUCAAUUUGCAAGAAUUCAAAAUUAUUGAUGCCUCUACUGUGCUUUCGACUUACAGUUAAAAAAGAGGCUUCAUGACAGGCAGAGGCUUGCCAGAUGAAGCCAAAGCAUCUAAAUUAAUGUUAAAGGAUUUUGUUAAUGGUAAAAUACUUUAUGUGAAAUUGCCACCAACCUACUAAGGUGAAGCAAUAUGGUAAUCCAAUCCUUUAGAAGAUUUAGAGAACCUAAUACAUUAACAAUAAUAAAAUCAACAUCAGAUAAAUGAUGAUGCCAAUAUUGAUAAUUAAUUUGAAAAUCAGUUGAUUUAGGAAAAGAAAAUCACGAAUGAAGAGAUUCUUGAAAUAUUCACUUAAGAAAACUUGGCUUAAUUGAUGGAAGGCAAGAAGGUUCAUGGGAUUAAAUUAACAAAGGAACAAAGAAGAGAAAUAAAACACAAUUUCUAAAGAGGUGAUCCUAUCGACAUCAAAAAAUAUCUUAAUUUAUAACAAAACUAAAAGGAAACUCUAUAUAAAACAUAUAUUCAAGGUAAAAGAGGGUAGAUAUGA